AUGUCAGACGAGCUGAAGGACAACGCGGCCAAAGAGGCAUCCUUCGGCGCAUUCCUGACAAGACAGCUGAUGAAGAGUGUGCCAGCUGUAACGGGGAACCUUGAUGGGAAAGUCGCGAUUGUCACUGGUGCUAAUGUGGGCCUUGGUCUGGCAUGUGCUCGCCAGCUACUUUCAUUGCAGCUGUCACACUUGAUUCUAGCCGUGCGAUCAUUGAGAAAGGGGGAAGCCGCAGCUUUGGAACUCCAAGCAUCCUUCCCUCACGCACGAGUGGAAGUCUGGGCGCUGGAAAUGGAGUCUUACGCUUCAAUUCAGGCGUUUGUGUCCCGCUGCCACUCUGAGUUAGGUCGAGUGGAUAUUGCUAUUCUAAACGCCGGGUUAGCGCUCAAACGUUUCCAGACUUGCACCAAUCCCCAGACAACCCCGCGAGAGAUCACCCUACAAGUCAAUUUUCUUUCCACUGUCUUUCUGGCACUAUUGCUGCUUCCCAUACUGGGUGCUAAGAAGGAAAAGAAAGACGCCGUUUUCAUUCCUGGUCGUCUGACACUCGUCGGAUCCGACACGGUGUACUGGGUGAAUGCUCGGGAACUAAAAAGUCGGCCACUCCUACAGGCAGCUAACUCGUCCGAGGGGUUUGAUGGAUUCGAGCAGUACAAGAUGAGCAAGCUCUUUGUGCUCAUGUUUGUGGCGAAACUUGCCCGUGACCUUGUUUCGCCGGACCAAGUCAUUGUCAAUGUCGCCUGUCCGGGUCUAUGCAAAGGGACUGCUUUUGUCAGAGAGCCCGACAGUAAUUGGGCUAAGCAGGCUAUCGUCUCCAGCCUAAUUCGCCUGGUGGGGCGAACUCCUGAGCAAGGCGCAAGGGUCUAUUUGGCAGCUGCCAUCUUGCAGGGGCCCAAAAGCCACGGGAGCAUGAUUAGUGAGGGCGAUAUUCUCCCGUAA